GUUAUGUGUGUUUCAACACAAUAAGAAAAGAAUCAGCAGGAAAAAAUGAAAUACUUCUCCACCCUAAGAGACACAGGAAGGCGAAAAGACAGCCCACAGAAUGAGAGCAAAUGUUUGCAAAUCAUAUAUCUGAGAGGGACUAGUACCCAGAAAAUAUAAGGAACUCUUACAACUCAACCAGAAAAAGACACCCAGUUUUAAGAGGGCAAAGGAUGUGAACAGACGUUUCUCCAAAGAAGAUAUAAAUGACCAAGACAAAUAUGAAAACAUGUACUACGUCAUCAACUAUUAGGGAAGUGCAAAUCGAAACUACAGUGAGACACCACUUCGCACCCACUAGGGUGGCUGUAAUCAAACAGACAGACAACAACAAGCGUCAGUGAUGAUGUGGAGAGACUGGAAUCCUCAUCUGUUGCUGGCAGGCAUGGAACACUGUGUAGCUGCUCUGGGAGACAGCUGGGCGGUUCCUCAGGCUGAACACACAGUUAGCAUACGGCCAAGCAAUUCCACUCCUAAGGAUCCACCCAAGAGAGAUGAAAACAUAUGUCCACACUCCACUGUCCACAGCAGUAUGUUUGAUAAUAGCCCCAAAGUGGAAACAACCAACCUGUUCCUCCCCUGAGCAAUCAAAAAUUAAAAUGUCGUAUAUCCUUACAAAAAGAAUAUCAGUGAGCCAAAAGGAAAUGAAGUACUGAUACAUGCUACGACAUGGCUAACCCUUAAAAACAUCAUGGUAGGUGAAAUAAGCCAGUCACAGAGGACGACGACAUGUAGGAUUUCAUUGCUAUGAAAUGUCCAGAACAGACACAAUCAUUGAGAUAGAAAGUAGAGUCGCAGUGGCCAGGCCCUGCGGGGAGCGGAGAAUGGGGAGUGACUGCUAAUGGAUCCAGGAGUUUUGUUUUGGGGUGAGGAAAACGUUCUGAAACUGACUGUGGGGAUGGCUGCAUAACUUUCUGAACAUACUACGAACCACUGAACUGUACACUUUAAAGGGUGAAUAUUAUGGUAUGUGAAUUCUAUCUCAAUAAAGGUGUUAUUAAAAGACAAGUGAUAUGAAAUCACGUGAUUCUGGGAUGUACAUUUAGGAAACAAAACAAUAAAGAAAAGUGAGAAUGUAGUUACCAGAGAAGACAGGAUCAGGAUGAUCUCUGAAGCACAAGGAUUUCUGACCGGCAGUGGCACAUGGGUGACUUCGAUGGAGCUAAAACUGUUGAUUACUUCAUCAGGGUUGUACUUAUGCAGCUGUUUCUCUCUCCCUCUCUCUUGCUCUCAGUGAAAUAUACAUAUCACAAAAUUAACCAUCUUAGCCAUUUUCAAGUGUGCAGUUCAGUGGCAUUCAGUACAUUCACACAGGUGUGCAAUCAUCAUCACCAUCCAUUUCCAGAACCUUUGCGUCACCCCAAACCGAAACUCUGUACCCACAAAACAACAAGCUCCCAUUGUUCUUUUUCCCAGGCCCUGGUGACCUCUAUUCCACUUUCUGUCUCUAUGAACUUGACUAUUCGAGGAACCUCAUCUAAAUGAAAUCAUAAAAUAUUUGUCCUUCUGUGUCUGGCUUAGCUGCUCUCUUGUUAAUAAUUUACUGAAAAAUACAUCCAGGUUUUAGGCACAUUUUGUGAUUGUACUAUGAUUCAAAAUAAAAAAUAUCAGAAAAGAAUCAAGUAGCGAUGCAAAUUAAAACAGAAUAUAUAUACACUCUUUCAAAGAGUUUCAUUGUGAAACGGAGAGGAGAAAUUGGACGGUGACUGGACAGUGAUGUGGGCUGAGUGGGAUGGUUUUACAAUGGUGAGACAUUACAGCGUAUAACAAGAUCCGAUCCAAUGGACAGACAGAUGUUUAAGAAGUAAGAGAGAGAAGAGACAAUUAGAAAAGCGAAGUCCAUGGGAAAUUGAAAGGGAAGGAGACGCCACGCACAAGUAGAAGGACUGGCCUUGACUUGGAGGAGCGUGGACAAUUUAUCCGCUAUAGCAGGAGGAAAAUUUAGAUACAGGUGAACUCAUUUGGUGUCUGCAUGUGGUAGGACUCUUUUGGUGGCUUCUAUCUUUCUCAGUGAAAUGAGGCAAGAAGAAAUUAGGAGAGUGAACUGACCAGCGAAAUGUAGGAAGAGGUACAUUUUGAGAUCAUGAACGUGCCACUAGUCAGCACAAGUUUUGCGGGUUUUCCUGAAGACACCUUCAGCCGUUCAGGGUGGGCAUGAAGCAACCACAAACAAAUAGCAGGCAACAGAUGAGACAUCAGAGCUCCCAGACCUGGGAGUCACUUAUUCAUUCAAUAAAUAAUGCUUGUUCAUCUACUCUUGGAAAGCAUUCUUCUCGACCUGGGAGUAUAAGGACGAACAAACAGAAGUGGUCACUGAACACACGGAGGUCAUAGUCUAACACUUUCAGGAUACCUAGUUUUCAACAGGCAUGAUGUUAGGAUACCAGUAUGACAGGCCCAUCCCAAGGAAAGUGUGGGCCUGGAGAUACCAACCAAUGUGCCCAUGAUAAUCACGCAUAAGAGGAGGCUGCUCUGUUGGCAUCUCCCAUACACGCUUCCGCACAGCGCUGUAAACAGAACGCGAGAAACUGAAUUUCGAUGAUGUUAAAAAGUAGGAGUAUUGUCCCUUUCCCCGUGGGUCAUCAGCCCACUCGGGUCUCUCCUGGGGCAAGGCGCAGCCACCCCACUUGCCUCAUCUAACGGACUGGCCUGCGAGAUGUGCAUAUCACUACAAUCCCUCGCUGAGGGUAAGACACCCUGAGUUGUGACGUCCAUGUGUUACAGAGCAAGAGUUUUAGAAGAGGGGAGAUGGGCAAUGGAGUGUGCCCACCAAAGACCUCCAAGCCGCCUGGUCUGGAACAUUUGGAGUUAGACGAGCAACGGACGACAGGAGGGGUGGGGGCGGGGUGUUCCGUGUGGCGCGGUUGAGGAAGGCAUGCAGGUUUUGUUUCCUCUCUCAAGGUACAGUCUUGCAUUUUAGAGUCUGUAGUCCUUCGUCACGAUUACAUCACUCCAUGAUGUCAAAAGGACCUUAGCCAAGCACCGCUGAAGUUGCUGCUGUGGCAGGAAGUCACAGAGAAAGGCCACUAUCUGAAGGGUGACAGAGAGAUCAGAAAGACUAGAAAGGACGCAGCCAGGGGCUGUAACCCUCAGAGGUAAGCAGCAGCCACCCUUUACGCAGCCAGCAUAGAUCCGGAGCUAAUGUGUGUGACUGAGGGUCUGCGUGUCGGGGAGAGGCGCUGCUGAGGGACACAGGCCCUGCAUCAUCAACCAAUCACUAGGGCCAUGUCAGUGGCAGCCUCUGUGAGAGACUCUGCCUCCUUCUUGUCCUCUCUACAGAAAAACCAAGCGGUUAUGUAUGAAGCUAGCAGAGUGCUUCAGACUUGGGCUCCCCAGAUGAAGGGUUUCAGGCUGGCGCUAGUGCCAGGACCUUCACGGGUCAGGCUGGGGAUCAUGCUGGUGUUGGCGCUGAUUUUCCUACCAAGAUUGUACUGUGACCUGGGAGCAGUAUAUUACUCUUCCUACGAAACAGUCAUCCCCAAGAGUCUGACAGUCAACGGAAGGGAAGACCCAGUGGAAAAGGCAUCCUAUAUGCUGCUGAUGCAGGGCCAGAAGCAGCUGCUUCACCUGAAGGUGAAGAGAGACUAUUUUGUGGAUAACUUUCCAAUCUUCAGCUACCACAAUGGCAUCCUGGGACAAGAGAUGCCCGUCCUCGCGCAUGACUGUCACUAUGAAGGCUACAUAGAAGGCGUCCCAGGUUCUUUUGUUUCUGUCAACACCUGUUCAGGCCUCAGGGGCGUCCUGAUUAAGGAGGGAAAAUCCUACGGCAUUGAGCCCGUGGGCGCUUCAAAAAAGUUUGAACAUGUGUUGUACACCAUGGCGCGUGAAGCUCGAAUCUCCUGUAGCGUCACUUCCAAAGACAGCCAAGUGGUGUCCACCAGCCAGCAACGAGGGAGCAGGAAGCCUCGCAGUGCACAGGCGCUGUCCUACUUGUGGUCACACACCAAGUACGUGGAGAUGUUUGUCGUGGUCAGCAACCAGCGGUUCCAAAUGUGGGGCAGUAACAUCAAUGAGACAGUCCAGAGAGUAAUGGGACGUCAUUGCCCUGGCCAACGCCUCACUAGGGGAAUAAACACGGAGGUGGUGCUGGCUGGAAUGGAGAUUUGGACCGAGGGGGACCUCAUAGAGGUCCCAGCGGACUUGCAAGUUACCCUCAGGAAUUUCAAUAGCUGGAGACAAGACAAGCUCUUCCAUCGUGUGAAGCAUGAUGUGGCCCACAUGAUUCUUGGACAUCGCCCUCAAGAGGACACGGGACAGGCAUUUCUCAAUGGUGCCUGUUCCACUGGCUUUGCAGCAGCUGUUGAAUCCUUCCAUCAUGAAGAUGCCCUCCUGUUUGCAGCGCUCAUGGUCCAUGAGCUUGGGCACAACCUGGGUAUUCAGCACGACCACUCGGCCUGCGUUUGUAAAGAUACACACUUUUGCCUCAUGCAUGAAAACAUCACUAAAGAAAGUGGCUUCAGCAACUGCAGCUCUGACGACUUCUACCAGUUCCUCCUUGACCACAAAGGGGCCUGCCUAUUCAACAAGCCUCAGCACAAAGGCCGCGUGCGUAGGGAUGCUGAGUGUGGUAAUGGUGUGGUGGAGGAGGAUGAGCAGUGUGACUGUGGUUCUGCCUGUGACAAUCACCCCUGCUGUAACCCAGCAUGUAAGCUGAAGGAUAAUGCUCAGUGUAGUCCUGGACCCUGCUGUAAUAGUUCGUGUCUAUUUGCAGAAAGCGGAUCCACAUGCCGCAGUGCCUUUGACGAUUGUGACCUCCCAGAGUAUUGUGAUGGUAACUCUGCAGAAUGCCCCACAGACAGCUACAAACAAGAUGGUACAAAAUGUUACGGUAGUCACUAUUGUGUUCAGGGUCAGUGCCGGACACCUGAUGAACAAUGUGCUCGUGUUUUUGGUCAUCCUUCAAAGUCUGCCCCCUCAGACUGUUACAAUUUAUUCAAUCGCAAAGGGACCCGGUUUGGAAAUUGUGGCCCUCCCACUUUAAAUAACCCAGAAUAUGUUAAGUGUGCAGAUGAUAAUUUAUACUGUGGGAAAAUUAUUUGUACAAAUAUUAGACAGUUACCACCAAUCAAACCUCUACAUACACUGAUACAGGUCCCUUUUGAAGAUGACUUUUGCUGGAGCAUGGAUGCAACUAAUGGUACUGCUGAUAUCCCUGAUGAUGGAGAUGUGUUCGCUGGCACUUUGUGUAGUUCAGGAAAAGUGUGCAUGGGUCACUCCUGUUCUCCUGACACUGUGCUCAACUAUGACUGCAAUCCAGAGGAAAUGUGUGCUGGGAAAGGAAUUUGCAACAAUUUAAAGCACUGCCAUUGUAAUUUUGGCUAUGCCCCUCCUAACUGCACAACUCCAGGAAAUGGGGGUAGUUUGGACAGUGGUCCUCCUGGUUUGCCAAGUGCAGAAGAGCCUCAAAGUCAAAGUACUACCAGCCCUCCCAAAGGGGCAGGAUUAUUGUUAGACAUGAUGGUUUUAAUAUUCCUUAUACUUUUACUCAUAUUAUUAUUGAUGUUGAUUAUUUGUGGCAUCUACUGUUGCUUAGGUGCAAAAGAAGAAGAAAAGCCUGCAGAAGAGGCUGCAGAAAAACCCCCAGAAGAGGCUGCAGAAAAACCCCCAGAAGCGGAGCCCAAAGAGGCUGGCUCAGAAGCUCCCUCAGAGGAGGAAGAGGAAGAAGAGGAGGAGGAGGAAGAGGAAGAGGAAGAAGAGGAAGAAGAAUCAGAGCCAUAAGACAAGUAGUGGAGGAAGAAGCCAAAUACAUGAAAGACCUCCAUCCCUCAGGGAAUGAGAGGCUCACUGAAGCAAAGGCGAAGUGGGAAACGACAGCUCCAAUGGCUCUGACUAGGAUUAUACAGUCUGUAAAAAUAUACUAAUGUGGGAGGAGGGAUUCUCCCAUUUUUAUUAUUCAUUUUAGUAAUUAAAGUUUCAUUUAUUUAACAUGUUAAA